AUGUCUAUGGCCAUGGAGUUUGUCCACACUCAGCCAGACAUCAAGACUCAGACCUUCAGGAUCAGAGACAGCUCUGUGAUCCAGCACAUCACAUCUGGAGCUUGGAACUACACUCUGACCAUGAAGAGCUUCUCAGACGCCGGCCGCACACAAGCUGUGGAGUCCAGCACUGAAGUGCAGCUGAACCAGAAGAUCUGGGUGGAGCUGAAGACUGACGGGCUGGAUGGAAGUACGGUCGUCGUGGUGACCGACUCCUGCUGGGCGACUGACCAGCCAUCACCCACCAGCAGUCUGAGAUAUGACCUGAUCAUAAACGGCUGUGCAAACCCUGCUGACCCGACUGUGGAGGUGAAGAAAAACGGAGUGGGAACCUCCACCUACUUCUCCUUCAACAUGUUCCAGUUCACUGGGACCUCUGGUAAUGUCUACCUGCACUGCAAACUCCACCUGUGUCCCAACCAGGAGAACAGCUGCAUCCCGACUUGUAAUGGAGCUGCUCGCAGACGCAGAUCUGCCAGAGCCACAUAUGAAGGUGAAGCCUUGAUCAGCAUGACCUGGACUCAUUAGAUGCUUUCCAUGGUGACCCGGACUGACUGACAGGCUGCCGACCUCCACGAUGAUCCCUGACUUCUGACUGGUCCUGAUCCAAAUCCUGGACGCGUGAAAGGUUGAGCUCAGUUCUGGCUGCUGUGAGGCCGUGUGGACUCCCACAGCUGGAACAAGCAGCUGUUUUAGUGGAAGUAUUGUGAGGACAGGACCAAACUGCUCAGUUUGUUGCCAUUAGCCAUUUCCAGCUUCAAAUGCUCUUUCAUUUCCAUGAAAACAAGGAUUUAUGAGGUUUUGCCAAGUUAGAUGUUACUGGACAAUAGCAGUCUAAUGCAAUGUAUUUCUGCCAUCAUAUUCAAAAGGGGCUACGUUUUUUUUAAUAUGUUACAUUUUACUUUAAACAGUUUAAAAAACUUAUGAGUUUUCUAUGUUCCAUUUUGAGUGUGUUGGAAAUUUAUUGCUACUUUCAUCCAGCAUCUAUACUUUUUCCCUCCAUUAGUAGUGGGUACUUGCCACUAUACAUAUAUUCCAUUCACUGCCUGUACCAUUCUGUCCUUAACAGUUCUUUAUACUAUCUCUCCCCUCUCUGAACUCUCUCCCCUUAUACUGGUUGUACCUUUGACCCCUUACACUGCUUGUACUUUUUCUCUCCCUCCUGAGUUGUCCUUAUCAACUUCAUACACUGUCUAUACCAUUCCACCCCCACCAUUAGCAGUGAUUAUCCUUCACUUCCCAUGUAAAAAGGGACUUUCCCUAUUGUUAGCAGUGAUUUAUUCACAUGUGGUUAAGUGCGGCCUCAUAACGAACCUCAGCUCUGUCAGUCACCGUUUACAUUUAUCAUCAUAUGGGGAUUAUGUACUUGUAUUACUUGUCACUUAUAUUGUUUGUAGUGUUAUUAGUUUUAUCACAUGUGCACAUAUUAUUCUUAAACCUUAUAUUAUUUUCAAGUAAGUGCCUGGGGUUGUUAGUUUUUAUCUUAAGUACCAGGCGCCACUUUUCUGGCACGUGCAGAUAGGAGGCAGCCACACACACGCUAGCAAUGCUGACUGCUUCAUGUUUUUGGGUCACUGAGGCGGGGAUAGGACAUGUGUGAUCAAAUUUGUGUGUUUGUGGCCUUUGAAGAGUUGCUGGAGUAAGCACUAUCUUACUUGACACUUGUACCCUAUCGUCAUAUUUCAGUCGAGAUUUCUCCCAAAAAAGGGAGUUCUGUGGGUCCCUCGCGGUUUUAUAGCAGAAAAGGGGGGAAGGAAUAAAACCUGGCUAAGUGGGGGGGACUGGUGAUCUUAUCUUCACAGAUGUUUGAGUAGAAAAGGUCCUCAUGCAUGACAUCUGUUUGAACUGGUAUAAACUAUGAGCUAGACCUGUGAGGUGCAGCGUUAAGCAUGUGUCCUAAAGUGGGUGAAGGGUGCCCGAAAAGAUGAUGAGGUGAGGAUUAAAUAUCAAAGGGUGACAACUUAUGCAUAUGUAUUUGGGUCAAAAGGGGGUGGAGGAAGUCCUGCGAGAGGGUAUAUUUGCCCUGUUUUUUGCAGUUGAAGCAGCUUUUUUUCUUUGUCUGCGAUGUUUCUCU